CUUUCUUUCAUUCAUCAGAGAAAGUGGCACUUGCCGGCGAGCGCACAUCAGCACCCUCACUUGCAUCCAGCCAAUCCGAGUCACUCAUCGUCAAAACCAAGAUGGCUUCCUCCCUCGAGUCACCAACGUUCCGCUGGAAACAUGACCCAUGGACCACCACGCCCCCACCUGCUAGUAUCGAUAAAAGCACUGUGGCCGAUCUCCUUGACGAUACGCAUCAAGCCGCCUUCCAGCGGGCCAUGACCAACGUGCUCGCCACGGACUUGGCUGAGCUCACGAUCGCCCAGCUUGUCGAUGGGCUUCCACUCUGGGAGGUCGCUGAUAACACAUCGAGGCACAAGCAUAAAAUAGAGGACGCUGUGUACAAGCAUAGAGAGUUGUGCCCUGGAGCCAUGGAUCAGGCCAGAGCCCUUCGCCAGAAAUUGGACCUACUGGCUAUGGAGAUCAGAUCAGAUGCUCUCAAUCGAUAUCAAUCUGUGCCUGUCGGAUCCAAGGCAUCCAAAUUGCCCCUGAUUGAACUCAUUGCCGUGGCUGUACAUGCGCUUGCCGUGGAGGUCUUUACACAAAUGGCUACACCCUUCUCUCUGUGGUACAAUUUUGAUGACCCCAAGCAGUAUCCUCACGGAGUCGCCGACGUUGCCGCAUACUGGGCGGAGGAUAGGAUCUUCGGCGGCGUCGUCCUCUUUGGACGAGGGAAAUCAGGGAAAGAGCAAGACGGCGUCUGGUUCCACAGCCACCGGCGCCGUGUCACGCUUCACAUCUAUGCGCUGCGUGAGGAUCAGGUGGCCUCCCUGACGCAAUUCCUGGAAUCUGAACCUGGGGAGGCGGCAUCUCUGUGCUGUCCGUUCCCGAUCCUCGCUAAUAGGGAGAACGUACGUCGAGACUACAGACUGUCUAUGCCAAAGUAUAAGAUCUACAGGGAUCCUUGGGAGCGAAAGAUGUUCUAUACGUCGUAUCACUCGUAUUUCCGCUUGUCGGCAGACUGUAGGGAAUUUGAAGUGGAUCCAAUCGAGCGGCCUGAAUGGAAUCGUAUGUACGACUCGGGCUCUGACUGA